AUGCGCUUGACACUUCUCUGCGCAUUCGAGUUCUUUGUCAUUCUUCUACUGCGUCCCAUGGUCUUCUGCGCGCCCCUUAGGGAGCGCUCGGAUGUGCAUCUCCGCAGCGUCGACGUCCGCCUAGGGGUCUAUGGCCGACCUGACUACGACCUUGCAGAACGAUCCACGUUUGACGACGCACUGCAGCGAAGGGCUCCUCAGUGGUUCGAAGGGGGCUACGGCGGCCUACGCUUCGGUGAGGGAAUCGGAAUGGGCUGGAUGGCAGAAGAUGACUUGCGCGCUCCUUGA